AUGGUUUCCACUCAUAAUAAGGAGAAACCUUGGGAUACAGAAGAUAUUGAUAAAUGGAAACUUGAAGACUUUAAACCAGAGGAUAAUGCUUCAGGCAUGCCUUUUUCUGAAGAGUCAAGCUUCAUGACAUUAUUUCCUAAGUAUAGAGAGGUCUAUCUUAAGUCAGUCUGGAAGGAUGUCACUAAAGCGCUGGACAAGCACCAUGUUGCGUGCACUUUGAAUUUGGUAGACGGUUCCAUGACUGUUAGCACCACCAGAAAAACUUAUGAUCCAUAUAUCAUUUUGAAGGCUCGUGAUUUGAUUAAAUUACUAGCCCGUUCCGUGCCAUUCCCUCAGGCUGUUAAAAUUCUAGACGAUGACAUGGCUUGUGACGUUAUUAAGAUUGGUAACUUCGUCACUAAUAAAGAAAGAUUUGUCAAGAGAAGACAACGUUUAGUUGGUCCAAACGGUAACACUCUGAAAGCUUUAGAAUUAUUAACUAAGUGUUAUAUAUUGGUCCAAGGUAACACCGUGAGUGUAAUGGGUCCAUUCAAAGGGUUGAAAGAAAUCCGUCGUGUUGUUGAAGAUGCCAUGAGAAAUGUCCAUCCUAUUUACCAUAUUAAAGAAUUGAUGAUCAAAAGAGAACUAGCAAAGAAACCUGAACUAGCUAAUGAAGAUUGGUCAAGAUUCUUACCAAUGUUUAAGAAGAGAAACGUCGCCCGUAAGAAGUCCAAGAAACCAAAGAGAGAAAAGAAGGUUUACACUCCAUUCCCACCUUCUCAAUUACCUAGAAAGGUUGAUUUGGAAAUUGAAAGUGGUGAGUAUUUCCUAAGUAAGAAAGAAAAAGAAGUGAAACGUUUACACGAACGUAGAGAUCAACAAGCUGAAAAACAAGCUGAAAAGGAUAUUGAAAGAAGUAAAAAUUAUAUUGCACCAAAGGAAGAGAAAUAUGUAAGCUCUAUCGAGAAAUAA